AUGCCUGAAGAUCUGCAAGAUUCUAAUCCCAAAGCUAGGCCAACUGAGCUGUUUGAUUUGUUUUCAUUUUCUUCAAAGGAUUUAGAAUUUGUUGUGAAGUUUGCACAGGAACAUGGUUCAGAUAUAUUUCGGCAAAUCCUUCAAUCUAUAUGCCCAUCUAUCUAUGGACAUGAGCUUGUUAAAGCUGGGAUAACUCUGUCAUUAUUUGGUGGUGUACGGAAGCAUGCUAUGGAUCAGAAUAAGGUUCCUGUGAGGGGAGAUAUUCAUGUCAUAAUUGUUGGUGAUCCUGGUCUAGGUAAGAGCCAGUUGCUGCAAGCAGCAGCAGCUGUUUCUCCACGUGGUAUCUAUGUCUGUGGUAAUGCCACAACCAAAGCUGGCCUUACAGUAGCUGUAGUGAAGGACCCUAUGACAAGUGACUAUGCUUUUGAAGCAGUCAUUGAUUGGCCAAGCAGUAUGGGUUGCUCCUUUCAUGGUAGGCUAAAUGAUGACAAUGUUUUGUUUUUUGGCGCUUGUUCUGUUUCCUUAAGCUAUGCAGAAUUAGGUGCUAUGGUGCUGGCUGACAGUGGAUUGUGCUGUAUUGAUGAGUUUGAUAAAAUGCCAUCGGAGCAUCAGGCUUUACUGGAGGCGAUGGAGCAACAAAGUGUCUCUAUUGCAAAGGCGGGACUAGUAGCAAGUUUAUCAUCUAGGACUUCUGUCUUGGCUGCUGCAAAUCCCGCUGGUGGUCAUUAUAACCGAGCAAAAACUGUAAAUGAAAAUUUGAAAAUGAGUGCUGCUCUCCUGUCUCGUUUCGAUUUAAUUUUCAUACUGCUCGACAAACCUGAUGAACUUAUGGAUAAGCGACUCUCGGACCACAUUAUGGCAGAAUCAUGCAUUUCAACCCCCUGUCGCGAUUCCAUCAUGAAAACGGUUAUUGUGGCGGGCGAUGGGUGUCAUGGUUUCAAUGGGCAUCACGAUUUUGAUGUGACUUUCCUCCCCAGUACCAGUGUUCCACUCCCCCCACUUAUGACAAUCUAUCCUCUCACACUUCAUGGUGGGAAUGGGCAACUUUCACCGGCCCUAAAAAAGCGACGUGGAGAUCCAUCUGAUCCCAGGGCUACUGUAUCACAGAAUGCGGAAGGUGUAGUAGAUCUGGGCAUUAGACCUGGAUCUUUAAUUUCAAGGUUGAGACUUGACCCACUGAGAGACUGUCAUUUUGUUCCAUUACCCGGUCAACUUCUUCGCAAAUACAUUGCUUAUGCAAGGAGUUUUGUCUUUCCUAGGAUGACAAAGCCAGCAGCAGAAAUCUUGCAAAAGUUUUACCUGAAACUGAGGGAUCAUAGUACUUCAGCUGACGGUACUCCUAUCACAGCUAGGCAGCUGGAAAGUCUUGUAAGGCUAGCUGAAGCUCGGGCUCGGCUGGACUUGAGAGUAGAAAUAACGGCCCAGGAUGCAACGGAUGUUGUUGAAAUCAUGAAAGAGUCCCUGUAUGAUAAAUAUGUUGAUGAGCACGGUAUCGUGGAUUUUGGUCGAAGUGGUGGUAUGAGUCAACAGAAAGAGGCAAAACGCUUUCUAAAUGCACUAAACAAGCAAUCGGAAUAUGAACAGAAGGAUUGCUUUUCAGUGUCUGAAAUAUACAGUUUGGCAGAUAGGAUUUCCUUGAAAGUACCUGAUAUUGACACUUUCAUCGAAAAUCUAAACAGUGUUGGUUAUCUACUCAAAAAAGGACCAAAGAUGUACCAGGUAUUAUCCUCUUCUUAUGCGCGAAGCCAACCGUUUACGACAAGGGGUUAA